CUGCGCGAAGAAGCCUGCGUUUGACGCCCACCGCGCGCGCCUGACCCCAGCGCUCUCAAAGCAGCGCUAGCUGAACCGCAGGACCGCGCCUGGCCACUCAAAGAAGCGACAGCGCGCGCGCCCUCGCGCUGCAAGCGCUUAAACGUCCGGCUGCUCCGCACCGCUUGUUUGCGCUACGCGGAACCUAAAAGCAUCACACGACGCUCGCAAGAAGGCGAUCGAGCACCCAGUUCUCCACUCGCAAAGCAUAGGACGCCGCGCGAAACAACGUCGAAGAUGGCGAAAGUGAACGACGUCGACAUGUCCGCGUCGCAGCCCGAGAACGUGAAGCGCCUGCGCGACGCGACCAACGUCCAUAGCGACGACGCCACCGAUGGCGAGAGCCCGCUGAAAAAGCUCUGCGACGAUAGCGCGAAGGCCGCGCCCACGCUCAAAGCGGCCCAGCCGGACCUCGCCGCGCGGGCGCUGGCUUCGGUCGCGGCGGCGGGCGCGUCUCCGGGCGCGUCGACGAUGUGCUGCGCCUUGGGCCCCUGUGGGGCCCGAUACGUACCGAAGAUGGGCUACUCGUGGAAGACCGUCACGGCGACGGACGGCACGGUUCAGAGCGUCGAGUACGUACCGAACGAGGAACCUGUCGUCGUCUUGCCCUACGAGCCGCUGAGCCUGGAGACGGCCGACGACGGCACACUGGCGGCGGCGGCGAUGGAGGCGUAUCUAGAUGGAAUCCACCAAGGCAAUCGAAUCACCACUAUAGGGAAGAUCCUGGCGGCGUGCCACCCGAAAGGGGACAUUGGUGGCAAACCCAAAGUAAACACGCCGGCUUCGAGAAAGAAGAUGGCCGACCGACUAACCCGCUUCGCCGAGCUCAAGGAGACGCUGACGCUGCACGAGCUGCGCACCAAGAUGCCCGGCCGCUUCAAAGACGACUCGUCAAAUAGUACUCAAAAUAAGUACGGCAGCCCCGACGGCGUCGAGGUCGCCUGGAUGCCGGACGAGACCGCUUGGCCGAUCGGCACUCAAACGAUCGAAGGGGUAGAGGUGGACGUGGCGGGUCCGCCGGUCCUGAGCUACGCGCGCUUCGGGUCGGAGCAGGACGCCGGGAAGGAUGUUCGGUUCCCCAUUUCUCAGCAGGACAUCUCGAGAAUGUUUAAAGGGAAACGGACGAACCUGAGCGGCACGAUCGUCGUGAGAAAGGUAGGGCCUCCGGAUAGAUACGACGCGGCGUCGCUGAGGCUGGGCGUGGACACGGGCCACGUGGAGGUCGUCCACGUCGCGCACGAGCAGCGCGUCAUGACGACGAAGGAUCAGCGCGCGAAAAAAGACGUGACGAAGAAGAAGAAGCGGGCCGAGGAGCGGAAGGAGGAAUUGGCGGCCGACGCGGCGCACCGGGCGCGCGUCGCGGCCGCGGUCGCCAAGGAGCACCGCAUCGCUUCGCCGACCGUCGCGCGCGCGGCGACCGUGAAGCAGCCGUUAUCAGACGAGCAGCUCAAGAUGUGGAACGACGACAUGUGGGCGGCAGUCGAGAGCCCCCAGGACGACAUGGUCUUGUGAGCGCCGAGCGCGAGGAGAUGCGUAAGUGAUUUGUGAC